UUUUACACGCUUUUUUUAGAGAUUUGAAACUUUAGAAGAAGAUAUUAAGAUUUUGUCAAUACGAGAAGGCGUGAUUAUCUUCAGGGAGACAUGUCAACUCCACCAAGAAAGCAGCUUACUCUGGUUCUAAUCUUAAACGAACAUGAAAAGAAAAUUUUACUUGGUAUGAAGAAGCGGGGAUUUGGGUGUGGCCGUUGGAAUGGUUUUGGAGGAAAAAAACAGGGUAAUGAAACUAUUGAAAAAUGUGCUGAACGUGAAACAUUUGAGGAAUGUGGCCUAACAAUGGUAAAAUAUACCAAGGUUGGUCAUAUGAUUUUUGAAUUUGUGGGGGACCCAGUUCUGCUAGACGUUUACGUUUUUCGAUGUACUGACUAUACCGGAGAUAUCACGGAAUCUGAAGAAAUGCGUCCACAAUGGUUUACCUACAGUGACGUUCCGUUUGAACAUAUGUGGCCAGACGAUCAUCAAUGGUUCCCUUAUAUGUUAAAAAAUCAAAAAUUCAAAGCGUAUUAUUUAUUUCAAGGUCACGAUAAAAUUUUAAAGGAAGAACUUUCACUUGUCGAUGCUUUUUAGAUAGAACAUUUCAACCAGAUAGAAGAGUACAAUAAUCACAAAAUGUGCUUUGAUUGAAACACACGCUGAUCUGUUUUGAAUUAAUGAUUUUUAGGAAAAAACAGCUCUUUACUUUUAUUUUAUCUUUUAAAUAUAUAGUGUAUAUAUAUACAUAUUCAAAGAUGUAUAUAUAUUUUUAAAAAAAAGAGAUUAUUGCGGAAAGAAACUUUGGCGGUAAUUUAGACCGAUUUUCCACCACUGUUUCCAACGCAAAACACGCCUAAGUUGCUCCA